AUUAGCCUCAAUAAGAGGAACACAUGUGGAUUGUAUACUAGGCGGACAUGGAAGUGUUGCACUGGAGCUGUUUAUUCAUCAUUAUCUCCAUAUACUCGCAGUCAGGAAACGCGCUUACAUGUCUCAACUGUGAUGCCAUCGCACAUCCCCGCCUGUGCACGCACGUGACACAAUGUUUUCCCGGAGAGAAAUGUGGAAUGGAAACAUCUAUAUCAACAGACGGUGAUGUAGUGUAUAAUCUAGGAUGCGUCGAUUCCAACACUUGUAGUCUAACUACACCGGCCACACAAACAGAUGGGCAUCAGUACUUUUCAUGCCAUAAUUGUUGCGAUGACCAUGACCUUUGUAAUGCACAUGGCUGUAAUAGCACAGGAUUUCCAACAACCCGAGGUCCAAUAUGCUUUAAUUGCGUGGCGUUUCCAGAGGGAUACCCGUGCCACAAGAUAACGCACUGUGAAACACAUGAGGUCUGUUUUAACGACGCCCAUCUCGAGUUUCAAACGGAUAUGCUGUACACAAGCGGGUGCCGAUCAAGGCAUCACUGUGCAAGCGAGACUGUUGAUCCCGAGUCUUUUAUGGGUAGAAGAUCUGUGAGUGUCUGUACUGACUGUUGUAAGGGAGAUUUGUGUAAUCUACAGUGCAGAACGACAAGUGCCUGUAGCGAUGAUCCGUCGUGCAAAUUAUUGAUGAGCAGUUACGAUGUGUGUAAAUCACCCGAUGUUGCUAAGCAAUUUUGCAAGAAAAGUUGUAACCUGUGCCCAGCUUCCGGUUUGUUGUCAUGCACUGACACGCGGUUGGAUUGUGCGCAUAUCAGUUCGGCAGUGAAUAUGUGUGGCACACAACAGGAUGCGGCAAAAUAUGGUUGUUUAAAAUACUGUGGAUUUUGUUCCGGAUCGACCGGAGGACCAGGCAAUAUGUACAGUGGAUACACAACCACAACACGACCAGGCAAUAUGUACAGUGGACAUACAACCACAACCAACAACAACAACAACAACAACAAAUAUACAUCAUCACCUCAAUAUAUGUUCUCUACUACACCAGCAACUACAACAACUUCAGGCACAUCUUGUCCUUUAGUUUCAAAAUUAAAACUCGGCGUACACGUACAGCGAGGUCCUACUUGGAACUACGGCUCACAGGAUGGACUUGGCACUGGUGUGGUUACACACAUACAAAGUGCAGGGUGGGUGUCUGUCAGGUGGAACAGAACGGGACAGGAAUACAGCUACAGAAUAGGAAAAGACGGAAAAUGUGACUUAGCGAUUGCCUGCAUCUUGACGCCCGUACUUAAAGUAGGUGAACGGGUAGAGAGAGGCCCAACGUGGAAUUACGGCUCGCAGGAUAGAUACGGAGCAGGUGUGAUAACGCAGGUAGAUGGCUCUGGAUGGGUUAAAGUCAGGUGGAAUAACUCUGACCGAUAUUCUUCACAGGAAUACAGCUACAGAGUAGGAAAUGGAUUCUGCGAUCUGCAACCAGACUCAGGUAUGUAUACAACAAGUACUGUUGCGACUACUACUAGACUGCCAUUGCUUCACCCUGGGGAACACGUUACAAGGGGGCCUGACUGGCACCAUGGAAAUCAGGACGGAAACGGUCCGGGCACAGUUAUUAGCGCAUCCGGCGGUCGGGUACUAGUAUUUUGGCCAAGCACAAACACCAAUCAGAGCUACCAGUACGGACAGAACGGGAGAUAUGAGGUACAGCUUUAUACUGGACCCUUGCCAACAACGACCGCCAUGCCAAGAACUACAUUUAUUCCUUCCACUUUGUUUGUUGGUGAUAAAGUUGUGAGAGGGCCGAACUGGACAUGGCAGACCCAGGAUGGUAACGGUACCGGUACUGUUAUAUCAGCCCCAAGCGGAGGUUGGGUCACCGUCAAGUGGGACAAAACAGGUGUAAAAAACUCUUACAGAUAUGGUUCUUCCGGUAAGUAUGAUGUCAAAUUGUACUCAAGAGCAGCCAGUACGAUGCAAAGACCCGCGACGACGUCAACUAUCCGUACAACGCAUAGACCCACAACGCAUAAACCCCGAACGCAUAAACCCCGGACAACGCAUAAACACACGACGCAUAGACCCACAACGAUGCCAACAACCAGUACAACACAAAGACACAUCCAUACAACGCAAACUCCAACGACGUCAGCAGCUUAUACCACUGUUCAAACAACACAUUUUCCACGUAACUUGUCUGUCGGCAACAUUGUUAUAAGAGGAACAGACUGGAUGUGGGGUAAUCAGGACAAUAAUGGCACCGGCGUGAUAACAGCUGUGGUCCCUGGUGGCUGGGUCACAGUAAGGUGGGAUAAGGAUGGCUUUGAAAACUCGUACCGGUACGGGGCGUUGGGGAAGUAUGACGUAAAAUUGUAUUCUUCCGGUUCCGGUGGCGUGACAGUACCGACAACAUCGCAAUCACAGCGGGCACUAGUCGUAGGGGACCAGGUCAUACGGGGUCCAGACUGGACAUGGAAGGACCAAGACGGUAAUACAACAGGUGUAGUAACCGGAACUUCAGUGCCGGGAUGGGUGACUGUCAGGUGGGGUAAUGGGUUUGAGAACACUUACAGAUACGGUACUGAUGGAAAAUAUGACGUAGCACCAGUAAAUGCAGGCUACACUUCGGGCGCUCCAACUGCAACUGUUUCUAGUGGCAUAAUAAGUGUUGGUGACAAUGUGAUUCGUGGACCUGACUGGAAAUAUGCAAACCAGGGUGGAAAUGGCACUGGUCGUGUAAUUGGUGUGGACAGUCAGACGAAGGGGACAUGGGUCAAAGUUCGUUGGGGCGACGGGUCUGAAAAUUUCUAUCGAUUUGGUGCCGAAGGGAAAUAUGAUGUUAUUAAAGAGCAAACUGUGCUCACGACUACGACAAUAUAUAAAUCAACGGUUACUGUUUACACUUUCCGAGCUGGGGAUCGUGUCGUCAGAGGCCCUGACUGGCAGUGGGGAAAUCAGGACAAUGGCGGAACUGGGACAGUGACUGCGGUUGACCCGACCGGCUGGGUGACAGUUAGAUGGGAUAAUAACUUUGAGAACUCGUACCGCAACGGCGUUCAGAAUGCUCAUGAUCUACUGAAGGUAGGAUCUAUCACCACAACUUCAGCUCCCAGGACGCAUGCUACCACCGCACCGCCUACCGCUGGCCCUGGAUUGGCGAAUGAUAUGUACAUUGGUGCCCGAGUACAGAGAGGCAGAGAUUGGAAAUACGGGAACCAGGAUGGUAAUGGAUCUGGCUCAGUCCGCCAGCUGCCGCCAGAUGUUCCAUCAGGCUGGGUUCAAGUCGAGUGGGACAAUGGUUACCUAAAUAAUUACCGACUUGGAGCGGAAAAUGCGUAUGAUAUAAUGUUUGUGCCGGGAUCUUAUAAUAAUGCUCCCGCCGGUUGAUGUACAUGUACAUCCGUACUAGCUGUUUGAAUAAAAUGAUGCUUAACUUUU